AUAGUCGCCAUCGUCGUCGCAAUUUUCGCACGAUUUUGUUAAAAAAAAUAUAACAGACGAGCGAAAUGACGACGAUAGCGGACCUAUUCACGAAAUAUAAUUGCACAAACUGCCAAGAUGAUAUACAAGGUAUCCGUGUACACUGUGCGGAGUGUGAAAAUUUCGAUUUGUGCCUGCAAUGUUUCGCCGCUGGGGCAGAGAUAGGAGCACACCAAAACAACCAUGCCUAUCAAUUUAUGGAUACAGGCACUGCCAUACUGUCGGUUUUCCGAGGUAAAGGCGCUUGGACAGCCCGCGAGGAAAUCAGGCUUCUGGAUGCCAUAGAACAGUAUGGAUUCGGAAACUGGGAGGAUAUUAGCAAGCACAUCGAGACCAAAUCGGCCGAGGAUGCCAAAGAGGAGUAUGUAAAUAAGUUUGUGAAUGGCACCAUUGGCCGUCUGACCUGGACCCCAGCACAAUCUCAACGGCCCCGCCUGAUUGACCAUACAGCUGAUGAUGCGGGGCCACUGGGUGCCAAUGCACUAGCACGCCUGCCGCCGCUCGAAAUUACCAGCGAGGAGGCACUCCAGCUCGGUUAUAUGCCCAAUCGUGACAGUUUCGAGCGUGAAUACGAUCCCACAGCGGAGCAACUUAUUUCUAAUAUAACGCUCAAUUCAGAAGACACAGAAAUCGAUGUAAUGCUAAAGCUGGCGCAUGUGGAUAUGUACACACGUCGUUUACGCGAGCGUGCCAGAAGAAAACGCAUGGUGCGCGACUAUCAACUGGUUUCCAACUUUUUCCGCAAUCGCAACUAUGCCCUGCACCCCGGCAUGACCAAGGAGCAGAAGGAGUUUCGUGAUCGGUUUCGGGUUUUCGCCCAGUUUUAUACCUGCAACGAGUACGAGCGUCUGCAAACCUCACUUGAGCGCGAAAAGGAGCUACGCAUACGACAGUCGGAGCUAUAUCGCUAUCGAUACAAUGGCAUUACCAAACUUGAUGACUGCCGGCACUUUGAGCAACAUGCCGCAAUGGCCACACACCGUUCCACCGGCCCGUACGGUCAUGGCAAGACUGACAACACGCAUCCCUACAAUGGAGGUCAUCGGCCGCUAAACUCUUCCUUGCACUCCCCUCCAGUCAGCCAGCGAAAGGUAGAGCCGUCAAGCGGCGUCGAGGCAAGUUCAAGUUCAAUCGCACCAAAAAGCAUGCACCACACCGCCGACCCGACCUACUCCGGCGGAUUAUUGCACAACAGAAGCUACUUGGAUAGCUGUCGGGGAUCGUCGGCAGCUACGACGAUGAUAAUGCCGACGAUGACAACAACGACGACGACGGGGCUGACGAUGGGAAUGAUGACGAUGGACUCGGCAAUAACAGCGAAGGCAGCGACUUCUACGGCUACGAUGAUGGCAGCGCAGGCGAGCCUCCCAAUGACGAUGCCAAUGACGACAGCAGCGAAAGCGAACCAACAACAUCAGCAGCUGCUGCAGCAAGGAGGGGGAGGGGUCAGAUCACUGCUGCCACCUCCUCCCCAACUGCAACUAAACGACGUAUCCAUGGGCCAACAGUGCGCGGCCGUGGGCGCAAGCAACCAUAAUGCAGAGGAGCCCACAAUGAGCCUUACUCUACGUGCCCAACUGGAGGAGGUGAAACGUUUGCCUCAGCCACUGGGGAGCAACUUGCUUAGCCAUAAUGAGCUAGACAUUUGCAAAAAGUACAACAUAACGCCCACAACUUACCUUUCAUUAAAGACGGUAUAUCUUAGUGGAGCCCCAGCAUUGAAUAAUCCUCCAGCCAUGGAAAUAUCGCUGCGCAAAUUCUUCAUCAAAUGCGGUUGGCUGAGCCACUGAAAAAGAAACAAACAGCACUGUCGCUUCCAUUGCGCCUAUUGCCAUUGCCAUUUAAAAAUGUUUCCUGCAUCGCAAGACUUUAUAAUUACUCCAUAUUUAUUAGAUAUUAAUUAAAGAUAAGAUUUUGUAAAGUUCACACGGCACACUUUUAUAUGGAAUGUUGCCAUUAAGAAGUCAAAUGGAACAAAAUUCCACUUCUUAAAAAUUGCAAUAUCUUCGGAAUGCAUCGAUUUUUCAUUGGAAUUUAAAUUUAGAACAAUCUUUAGAUUCAUUGUCAGUAUUGUAAUUAUUUUUGGUUUUUUUCACCUUGGAAUGAUUUGAAAAUAUAUUGUAAAUUUUUUUUCGAAGGUAUUGCGAUUUUUCUAAGAAACAAUUGUUUUUAACGCAUUUCAUAUAAAAAUGUAUCUCCAACUCACUUGUAUCAAGUUAAACUGGACUUUGUGUGUUACUUCCACAUUUCCUGUAACAAAAAUUUCAAAAUCCAACGCGCUUUUUUGUAUUUGAUGUAAUCUGUAUAAGUAGGCCAUAAAUGAAUUGUGUGUGUAUAAAUAUUUUAUGAAUUUAUAUAUGAAGUAUAUAUGUAAUAAAUUAAUGCGAAUGAAUGUAUUACCAGAGCACUCUGACUUGUCUAUGGUGGGUAAGGAUUGGCUUUUGUCCAGUGUUUCCAGUUAUUAGCUAGAUCAGCAAUUGAAGUUUAGUAAAAAAACUAGUUUCUAUCAAAUUGUGUACGAAAAUGUAAUCUAAUUAAU